AUGAGGGGCCAGUCCAUUCUCCUCCUGGCCAUGGCUUACCCACGCUGUCUCCCCAGGGCCCUCUACACAUAUGAGGAUGGCUCUGAUGACCUGAAGCUGGCAGCGUCGGGAGGUGGAGGUUUGCUGGAACUGUCGGGCCACUUUGAGAUCCAGAAGGUGAUGUAUGGCUUCUGCAGUGUCAAGGACCCCCAAGCUGUGCUCCCCAAAUACGUCCUCGUCAACUGGGUGGGCGAGGACGUGCCGGAUGCCCGCAAGUGUGCCUGUGCGAGCCACGUGGCCAAGAUCGCCGAGUUCUUCCAGGGUGUGGAUGUCAUUGUCAAUGCCAGCAGUGUGGAGGACAUCGACCCGGGGGCCAUUGGGCAGCGGCUCUCCAAUGGGCUGGCCCGUGUCUCCAGCCCAGUGCUGCACCGCCUGCGGCUGCGGGAGGACGAGAACGCCGAGCCCGUGGGCACCACUUACCAGAAAACCGACGCCACCGUGGAGAUGAAGCGGCUCAACCGGGAGCAGUUCUGGGAACAGGCCAAGGGCACCACUUACCAGAAAACCGACGCCACCGUGGAGAUGAAGCGGCUCAACCGGGAGCAGUUCUGGGAACAGGCCAAGGUGGGGUACAGGGGGGUGCAGCUGGUGGCCCUGGGGAGCGGGGGAGAUCAGCAAGAGGAGAACAACAGGCAGCAGCUCAGGAAAUCAGAGUCAGAGGUGGAGGAGGCUGCUGCCAUCAUCGCUCAGCGGCCCGACAACCCCCGGGACUUCUUCAAGCAGCAGGAGCGGGUGGCAUCGGGCAGCUGCGAUGCCAUCUCGCCGGGCAGCCACAGGACAGGUCGUCUGCACUGUCCUUUCAUAAAGACAGCUGACAGUGGGCCGCCUUCUUCCUCCUCCUCCUCAUCCUCCCCCCCACGGACCCCCUUCCCCUAUAUCACCUGCCACCGCACCCCAAACCUCUCCUCUUUCUUCCCAUACUCCCCCAGCCCCAGUGCCCAGGAGGCCAGCUCAGCCACCCCUGAGCAGCACUGGCCCUUCCCAGGGCCUGAGGACAAGGCCACCGAGCCCUCCGGGAAUGAGCCCAGCACCAGGCCAGAGUGGACAUCAGGGGGUGACACCCUGGGGGACCUGGUGACCCUGGAGCCCACUGAGCCCUCCCUGUCACCUGCGGCUGCCGAGCCCCAGCCCGGGGGUACCCCCAACCCCGAGAGCCUCAUCGACCUGUGGCAGAGUGCUGAGCCCACCCCCCCAGCUGCCUGGCCCCUGCCUGCUGCCCCAGUCCCUGAGGGUCCCCCAGCUGCACUGCCCGAUGAGGGGCCUCUACUGAGCCUGGAUGAGCUGCCUGAGCCCCCUGCCACCUUCUGUGACGCUGAGCAGGAGGAGGAGGAGGAAGCAGCUGUGUGCGGCCCCCCCACGCUGCCGGCGCUGCUGCUGGCCCUAGACCCCCAACCCACCCUGCACCCACCCUGA